AUACAUCGAAGCUUUGUAGGUUUUCGGGAGCUUUUUAGUAAGCCCAGAACCGAAUUGCAGUACGUAGUGAGAUUUAGCUGAGAUUUGAUAUUAGAAGAAACGCGUAGUCUGUUUUAGAAUAACAAAAAUGACCACCCCUUCAGAACAAGUAACGUCCAAGCGUUUAAAUUUGGAAAAAGCCACGAAUUUCAUGAGGCAAUUUCGCGAUCCACAAUCGAGAGAAUUGAAAAAAUUAUCGGCCAAUCAGUUUAUGGAAGUUUGGAGUCAUUACGAUAAAGAUGGAAACGGUUACAUCGAGGGCGUAGAACUGGAUGGGUUUUUGAGAGAAUUCGUAUCAAGUGCCAAUGUGUCAGACGUAGGACCAGAAGUAGUUUCUGACGAAAUGUUGGUAGAACUGAAAUCGUGCUUUAUGGAAGCGUACGACGACAAUCAAGAUGGAAAAAUUGAUAUUAGAGAGCUUGCUCAACUUCUACCGAUGGAGGAGAAUUUCCUGCUGUUGUUUCGGUUCGACAAUCCCUUAGAAUCGAGCGUCGAAUUUAUGAAGAUUUGGAGGGAAUACGAUUCUGACGGAAGCGGAUACAUCGAGGCGGACGAACUCAAAAAUUUCCUACGAGAUCUCCUGAAAGAAGCCAAAAGAAACGACGUUUCAGAAGAUAAAUUGAUCGAAUACACCGAUACAAUGUUACAAAUUUUCGACUUCAAUAAAGAUGGACGGCUCCAGUUGUCGGAAAUGGCAAAGUUGCUUCCUGUCAAGGAGAACUUCCUUUGCAGACAGGUAUUCAAGGGAGCUACGAAACUCACCCGAAUCGAUAUCGAGAAAGUUUUUGCACUCUACGAUAGGGAUAAUAAUGGGACUAUAGAAAAUGAGGAACUGCGUGGAUUUCUCAAAGAUCUUCUGGAACUAGUUAAAAAGGAUUACGAUGCUCAAGAUCUACAGGAAUUCGAGGAAACCAUACUACGAGGUGUUGAUUACAGCCAAGAUGGGAAAGUGAACAAAAAGGAAUUAACGAUGAUUCUUUUGGCGAUUGCUAAACAUAACCAAGAAGAAGAAUCGACAUCUACAUCCUCCAAAUAAAUAAGAAGUUAUUUGAUUCACGUUUUCGAAUUAAUACAAUUUUUGCCAAUGUGUAAUGUUGAUCAAGUAGCAUAAAGUUCUUUUGGCGUUUAGGGUACGCGAAAAUUAAUAAAUUUUGAGAUUUUUUAAACAUAUAAUUAAAAUUUAACAGGAAAUUUCGUAAAUUUGUACUUUUUUCUGUGAGUACGUACGCUCCAAAUUAACCUUCGAAUAUAUUAAUUGAAGUUCCAAUUAUUUUUAUCGUAAAAACUAUGAAAAAAUCGUCAAAAUGAAAACGUUACUCUAAACGACAAUAGAAAAAAAAUAUAUUGUAUAUUUAGGGUUAUACAUGUGACACCAAUUUCAAGACUAAUAAUUUUAUCGUGAAGAAAAAACUUAAUCAAUUUGUCUGCUUUGCAUAUCGUAAAUCUAAUAUAAAAAAUAAUAUAUUUUAAAAAUAUUUUACUCGAAGAACACUUGUGGAAACAAAUAAUGGAAUUUUAUGCACAUAACUCAAAACCAAUUAUUAAAAACGCUUCUUAACUUGUUCAAAUAUACAUAAUACACCCUGUAUAUUGGUAUAAUUCGUUUUAUUAAGCGGUAUCGAUUAGAAAAAUCGAUUCUAUUGCAGAUAAUUGCAGAUGAAUAUGAAGUAGAUUGUCUAAAAGAAGAAAUCGAUUCUAUCGAAAGAUCGUAGAUGAAUAUGAAGUAGAUUCACUAAGAGAAGAAAUCGAUUACAAAAAUCGAUAUUUUCAAUCAAUUGUAGAUGAAUAUGAAUUACAAAAAUCGAUACUUUCAUUCAAUUGUAGAUGAAUAUGAAGUAGAAUCGUUAAAAAAAGAAUAGACAGUCGAUUCACUAAGAGAAGAUAUCGAUUACAAAAAUCGAUAUUUUCAAUCAAUUGUAGAUGAAUAUGAAGUAGAAUCGUUAAAAAAAGAAGAAUAGACAGUCGAUUCACUAAGAGAAGAAAUCGAUUACAAAAAUCGAUAUUUUCAAUCAAUUGUAGAUGAAUAUGAAGUAGAAUCGUUAAAAAAAGAAGAAUAGACAGUCGAUUCACUAAGAGAAGAAAUCGAUUACAAAAAUCGAUAUUUUCAAUCAAUUGUAGAUGAAUAUGAAGUAGAAUCGUUAAAAAAAGAAGAAUAGACAGUCGAUUCACUAAGAGAAGAAAUCGAUUACAAAAAUCGAUAUUUUCAAUCAAUUGUAGAUGAAUAUGAAUUACAAAAAUCGAUACUUUCAAUCAAUUGUAGAUGAAUAUGAAGUAGAAUCGUUAAAAAAAGAAUAGACAGUCGAUUCACUAAGAGAAGAUAUCGAUUACAAAAAUCGAUACUUUCAAUCAAUUGUAGAUGAAUAUGAAGUAGAAUCGUUAAAAAAAGAAGAAUAGACAGUCGAUUCACUAAGAGAAGAAAUCGAUUACAAAAAUCGAUAUUUUCAAUCAAUUGUAGAUGAAUAUGAAUUACAAAAAUCGAUACUUUCAAUCAAUUGUAGAUGAAUAUGAAGUAGAAUCGUUAAAAAAAGAAUAGACAGUCGAUUCACUAAGAGAAGAUAUCGAUUACAAAAAUCGAUAUUUUCAAUCAAUUGUAGAUGAAUAUGAAGUAGAAUCGUUAAAAAAAGAAGAAUAGACAGUCGAUUCACUAAGAGAAGAAAUCGAUUACAAAAAUCGAUAUUUUCAAUCAAUUGUAGAUGAAUAUGAAUUACAAAAAUCGAUACUUUCAUUCAAUUGUAGAUGAAUAUGAAGUAGAAUCGUUAAAAAAA